GUUGGGGCCACGGGCUCCUAGAGGCGCCGGCGGGAGCGGACGCAGCGGGUGGCCGAGGCGGGUCUGGGCCGCCGAGCAGCCAUGCCUACCUGGGGGGCUGGCUCCCCGUCCCCGGACCGCUUUGCCGUGUCUGCGGAGGCGGAGGACAAGGUGUGGGAGCAACAACCCCACGUGGAGCGCAUCUUCCGCGUGAGGAUGAGCGUCCUCCGGAAGGACUGCCCUGAGAACCCUCACAUCUGGCUGCAGCUGGAGGGCCCCAAGGAGAACGUCAGCAGAGCCAAGGAAUACCUGAAGGGUCUCUGUAGCCCAGAGCUGCAGGAUGAAAUCCACUAUCCACCCAAACUGCACUGCAUCUUCCUGGGGGCCCAGGGCUUCUUCCUUGAUUGCCUGGCCUGGAGCACAUCAGCCCACCUGGUGCCUGGGGCGCCUGGAUCACUGAUGGUCAGUGGCCUCACGGAGGCCUUCGUCAUGGCUCAGAGCCGAGUGGAGGAGCUGGUGGAGCGGCUGAGCUGGGACUAUCGGCCAGGGCUGUCUCCUGGAGCCUCUCAGUGUGCUGGAGUGCUGAAGGACUUCUGUGCCCUGCUGCAGCCCCAGGGGGAUGCCCACAGAGAGGCCCUGCUGCAGCUGCCCCUGGCUGUCCAGGAGGAAUUGCUGAGCCUGGUACAGGAGGCAUCCAGGGGACAGGGACCCCAAGCGCAUUUCUCCUGGGACGGGGGGAGCCCAGGCCUGCUGGGUGCUCAGCAUCAAGGAGUCAGAGCUCCCCUGAAUGAAGGCAGGGGGUCCCUGGACACUGGGCCUACAGGGUGGCCAGAGUCCAGGGGAGAGGGGCAUGCCAUAGAGAAGGAGGGAAGGAAGCAGGGUGGCCCCAGGGAGAUGGAUUUGGGAUUGAAGGAGCCGCCUGGGGAAGAGGCCUGGGAGAAAGAAGUGACCCACAGGUCACAGACAGGGGGCGGAGAGGUAGGGCAGGAAGGGUUCCCAAAGAAGAAGGCCCUGGGGAAGGAGGGGGGGCCUCAGGAAAGAGGAAGGCUUGGUAUCCAGGGUGAGCCUCCUGGUGCCCAGGGCUGUCAGAGGGCAGCUCAGCUCCGGGGAGCCUCUCUCCUCCAACGGCUCCACAAUGGUGAAGCCUCACCUCCCAGAGUGCCUAGCCCCCCAACUGCACCUGAACCCCCAUGGCAUUGUGGAGACCGAGGAGACAGGGGAGACAAGCAGCAGGUUGUGGCUCGAGGUCGGGGGUCUCCGUGGAAACGUGGCACCCGGGGGGGCAACUUGGUGACUGGCACACAGCGUUUCCAGGAGGCCCUACAGGACCCUUUUACCCUGUGCCUUGCCAAUGUACCUGGCCAGCCAGACCUCCGCCAUAUUGUCAUUGAUGGCAGCAACGUGGCCAUGGUGCAUGGCCUCCAGCACAACUUCUCCAGCCGGGGCAUUGCCAUUGCUGUGCAGUAUUUCUGGGACCGUGGCCACCGGGACAUAACUGUCUUUGUGCCUCAGUGGCGCUUCAAUAGGGAUGCCAGGGUCAAAGAGGGUCACUACCUGCAAAAGCUCUACUCCCUCAGCCUGCUCUCCCUCACUCCUUCCCGAGUCAUGGAUGGCAAGAGGAUCUCUUCCUAUGAUGACAGGUUCAUGGUGAAGCUGGCUGAAGAGACCGACGGGAUCAUUGUCUCUAAUGACCAAUUCCGGGACCUGGCGGAGGAGUCUGAGAAGUGGAUGGCAAUCAUCAGAGAGCGCCUGCUGCCCUUCACCUUCGUGGGAAACCUCUUCAUGGUCCCUGAUGACCCAUUGGGGCGAAAUGGCCCCAUGCUGGAUGAAUUCCUGAAGAAGCCAGUCAGGGCACAGGAAUCUUCUAAGGCUCAGCAUCCUUCCAGGGGCUUCACAGAACAUGGUAAUCAGCAGCAGGGGAGAGAAGAGGAGGAAAAAGGCAGUGGUGGCAUUCGGAAGACCCGGGAGACUGAGAGGCUCCGGCGCCAGCUGCUGGAGGUGUUUUGGGGCCAGGAUCACAAGGUGGACUUCAUCCUGCAGCGGGAGCCUUACAGCCGUGACAUCAACCAGCUCUCUGAGGCCCUGCUCAGUCUCAACUUUUGAGCCUCACCUGCCCUAGUGGCUGCCAUCAAUCACAUCAGCUCCAGCCUUGCCUAGCUUAGUCCCUUCUGUGAUGCUCAGAUCCUGCCCCAGACCCACUCUGAGUUGGUGCGUUGGGUGAGGGAAGCACUGAGGAAGAGCCUUCGUGAGUGGGGAAUGCUCUUGCCUGGGGCACUUUGGGGACAUAACGAGACCUGAUCUCCUCUUGAGUCAGGACCUCAACCAGCUCUCAAGGGGUUCUGGUCAGCCUUAACUCCUCAACCUUGCCUUAGCACGGGGUUUCUGGAGGGAGUGCAGGCUGCUGGAAAGGCUAGGUCCUGGAGAUUGGGACUGCCAGUUCCUCCUCAAAGCUGAGUUGGGGAUG